AUGCGAGAAUUUCGUCAAAAUAUUGGCGCCGCGCAAAUCACCAAAACAAUCAGCAGUUUGCCAUUCGCCACGAACGCACUGGCAAUUGAAUAUCGCUACAGUGGACACCGCAUGAAGAGGACAUCAAAAGACUAUUAUUUCGACAUUAAACUCAAGCUAAGAGAUCCGGACACAGUUAUUUUGACUCCCGCACUAUUUCGUAAUUGCGUUCUCAACGCCUUGGAGAGUUUCUUCUGUGAGGAAAAGCCCACAAUGGAGAUUGUAAAGUUUUGCGUCCUUCAGCAACGCGUUAUAUUUCGUGUACCAGAGGAGCUAUACGACAUGACAAGAAUAUCCCUUGAACUAAUAGGUCACUAUCAGGAAACGCCUUGUCAUUUUCAGGUCCUGCAAACAUCUAAAUCAACAUUAGACUUUGAAAAAGAUAUAGAGAAGAAUCUUAUUGGGCUGCCUAAUAGCGAAGACUAAUUGUAAUUUGUGGUGCACAUAAAUUUGUUAACUUGACUACGUUAUUUGUUUGUUACCGUUACGAUAUCAAUGAAAAUUUGAUUUCAAAUUGCUUUUCUGUGAUCUUCCUUUUGCCAUUCACUAGGAAAUAGAUGGCUUAUA